AAAUGAUGAAUACAAGAAAUUUUAGAAAAGAUGUAUCAGAUUAAGGAUCAGUAAAAGGGUAAACAAAUUAGAAUUUUGGAUAUACAUAACCUCAAUAAUUUUAAGAUGGAGUUUCUAGAAUUUAAGAAGAGAUGAUGGAUCCAAGAAAUAUAUAACCUGAUUCAAUGUUUUUGAAUUUUAGUGGAGUUCUUGAGUGUGGUGAAGUAAAUAAAUAUUAAUAUAAUUAAGUGUGAAGAUGAAGAAUCAUUAAGAAUAGAAUAUGCAGUAAAAUAUGGAGGAGAUGAUUGGACAUAUUUGAAAACUAGUGUAUAGCAUAAAAUUAAUUUAGAAUAAUGCAGAUGAUGCAGAGCCUAGUGGAAUAUCUUAAUUAAGCACAUCAAGAAAUUUACAUUCCAGAAAUAUUGUUUGGAAUUUUCCUUUUGAAUGUAAUUUUCAAACUAAAAACAUUUUUGGUUGGCCAUAAGUAGUAGUAAGAUUAUCAGGUCCAGAUUUUAUGGGAAGAAGUGUAGCAAAAGGAUAUGGAUCAGUUCAUGUUCCAACUUAACCAGGAUAGUAUUAUUUAUGAAUAAUCAUUUUAGUCAUGAAAGAGUAAUUCGAAUAUUCAAGCCUUUACCAAUUUCAGGAUUCACUGGAUUUUUAGGUUAUUUAUUGGGAAACACAGCUGAACUUAAAAAUUUUGAUAAAGUAAUUUCUUCAGGUGAAGGAAGAGAAGUAACUAGAGUAAAAUCUGUAGGAUAUGUAAAAGUUAAAUUUCACGUAACUUUAGUAAAUUUUGAUAAAUUUGGUUAUUUAUGA